AUGGCUGAGAACUACCCCAUGAAAAGCGAUGGCAAAAAGGGUGUUCAAGAUUCACAAGUGGCUGUGGUUAUGGUGCCACUUCCAGCACAAGGCCAUCUCAACCAGCUACUCCAUCUCUCUAGACUUAUCUCCUUGUAUAAUAUCCCAGUACACUAUGUUGGAGCAACCACUCAUAUUCGCCAGGCUAAGUUUCCUGUCCAUGGUUUCGACCCUCUCGCAGAUAAAAAACUACAUUUUCAUGAAUUCCCUACACUGCUUUUUGAAAAUCCUCCUCCAAAUCCAAAUGCUUCCCAUAAAUUUCCUAACCAAUUAAUCCCUUCAUUUUAUGCAACUACCAAUACUCUUAGACGCGAAUCAUCGGAGACUUUUCAUGUGUAUUCAUUGUUCUGGGAAAUGAAAGGAAAGCCUUUCCAAGCUGGAACUCAACUAUACGAGGACAUCCCCUCACUUGAAAGCUGCUGUACUAAAGAGAUAUGGGAAUUGUGGAGGAAACAAGAAUCCCUCAUGGGGAAAGUUAGCUCCGGAGAACUUUAUUACUCAUCUUGA